AGAGAGAGAGAGCGCUCUGAACCAGGAUUUUAUUCACGGCGUCACAGUUAACGUACGCGCGCGAGCGCCCCACCGGGGAAAGGAGGGGGGAGGGCAGGUCGAGGGUAAUCGCGAGCUCGGCUGCUCGGCUAGCUGUCACACGGCUCUGAGCUCCUUCAUGUCGAUAUCGUGGGGGGAAGCGAUAAAGAAAGCGCGCGCCGGUCAUCUCUUCUGUCGAGAGGAAUAAAAACUACGGUUUAACGCGUGUAUUAACCGUCCAGUCGCGCUGGGUUCGGGAAUGACGCCACCCUAAACGUCGACGCUUUCAUGGGUCUGCGUGGAGAAAACGGAGCGAGCGGUGACGGAAAAAUCCAGAAAUAAUGCGUGUUUAAACGCCAGCUGAGGCUUGACAUCACUCCGGUCUUCAUUCUCGUCGAGUUUAUUCCAAGGGUUGCUCCCCAGAAUUCUCUCUGAAACAUGAAAUAAAUUGUAUGAGCUUUUAUGCUCACGAUACCUGAAGGAGGCUGAAAUAAUAUAGAAGGCGAUGGAGCACCCGUACAAGGACUCGCAUGUAGUAGACAUGGCAAAUCCUCAAGAAGUCUGCAACAGCACAGUGGGUGGAGUGGACAGCAUUGGCAAACUUGAGAAUGAGACCAGUCCAGUAAUCCCCAAUGAGACAUGGAAUGUCAGCUCUCCUACAAUCUCGAAGAGGUCUGUCUCACCUCUGUUGACAAUUCAGGCAGCUCCUGUUGUUGCCCCCAAUACAGAAUCUCCUGGAGGGGUUGCUCUUAAAGUGGCAACCACAGUUCUUCAACCCAUCUGCUUGGGGGAGAGUCCAGUUGUGCUACCUAUCCUAGCAGGCACAGCAGCUGCACAAGUUGGACAGGCUGGCACUACUCCAUACUUGAUGACUAGCCAAGGUCCCCUUUCUCUACCCCUGGUUUUAGAGCAGCAGGUGCUGCAGCACCUGAACCCACAGCUCCUCCAGCAGGCUUCUACUUGCCCAGCACUCUCGCUACAGAACAAUAUGCUGUGCCAGAACCCUUCAAUUGCUCUUGGGCCUCCACCUUCUUUGGACCAGAAAGUUGUUGGUCAGGUUCUAGAUGCAAGUCUGCUUACCCUUCUCCAGAACCCAAAUGUUGCUGCCAUCUUGCAGGAUCUUUUUCCUGGCCAAGUUAAUACCUCUCCUUCUUGUCAUCCAACGACCUCCCCACAGGCAGACCCUUUCUCGUCUGCUUUUCUCCCCCCUCCUCCACUUACACACCCAUAUAGCUCUCCACUUUCCCCACUAGUGCCUCCAGCCACUUUGCUAGUCCCUUAUCCAGUUGUUAUUCCCCUGCCGGUUCCACUUCCAAUCCCAAUUCCCAUUCCAGUCCCAGUCUCAACUUGUAAGGAAACCAAGGUUGAACCCUCUAAACCUGCAUGCACUUCAAGUAAGAGCACUCAGACUUCCACUCAAGAUUUCUGCCCUCCUGUGAUGAUGCUUACCAAGGACAUGGCAGUCCAACAACCACCUCUUCAGUCUAGUUCAUUCCCCGUGGUGACAGAUGGGGAGGUGCUAGACUUGUCCGUCAAGGCCCAUCAACCUCAAUUGCUGCAUAUUGGCAGUUCACAGGAGAUCCAGACUUUGCAGCAAGACAGUGUACUUGAUCUAUCUGUUACCAGUGAUAGGAAGACAUGCAUUCAGUCCUGUAGUGUCUACGGACCACCACCACCAUCUGGCCGACGAGAGAGACCCUGCAUGUCUGGAGAGGAGGUCUGUAAUGGAGCUUUGGCUCUGGGGGUCUUGCGACCAGUAGACUGCACUCCCAAGCUGGACUCCAAAAUCCUCAGUGGUUUAGCAUCACUGGAAUUUAGUCGGCAGCACAAGUGGGUGGUGGACAGUGGCAGCAGUGGUUCAGUCACCAGUUCAGUACAUGACACAACUAUUGGAAGUAGUGGCAACAUUGAAAUAGUUAGCACUUCACAGACAGCCAAGGUGAUUGUAUCUGUGAAGGACGCCAUGCCUGCGAUCUUUUGUGGUAAACUCAAAGGCCUGUCAGGUGUCUCCACAAAGAAUUUCUCUAUCAAGUGUGAUGCCAGUCAAGGGGGUUAUGCUGCCCUGCCUAGGUCCCAGGGGGAGCAGCGGGGAGACCAAAGUGACACAUUUAAAAAAAUCCCCAAAAACCGAGCGAUUAAAUUGAAGAAGGUCAGUUCCCAGGAAAUCCACAUUCUACCCUUAAAGAAGCAGCGUCUGGCUGCCUUUCUGCCUAGGAAAUAGCAAAGACUUUGGUGUUGAUGGUCUGAGCUUGUGGGAUGGCCUGUGGAAUACAGACAUAAUGAAUGAAAUACUGUUCCUACAAAAGCUUAAAGGCUGGAAGGAGGACAUAGAGAUAGAGAAACCGGGAAAGAGGGAGAGCAAGGAAGGAAUUAGGGUUUGUUGAUGCUACAGGCAUUUCUGGCAGAACAAGACUUAGACACUCUAAACUGACCAGGAAUAUUUUGGGCAAUGCUGGUCUUUUCUUGUUGGCCUGGUCAGCAUUUGAUCCAUUCAUUAUAAAGUGAUCAGAGAGAUUGUUAAAUUGGCUGAGGCCACAAGAAAUAAAAUACACAAAGAGCUGAAAAUGACUGAACUACUACUGAACAAAUCACUCGACAAAAAUCAUGCUCCCAAAACUGCUCCUCUGCUAUGCAUUUUGAUUUCGGUCACACAUCCUCAUGAAUUAUUCAUGCCUUCUCUAAUCUAAAUAUCCAUUAAUAUGCAUAAGCUCAGUUCAGAGAUUGUGCCAGCUGCCAAAAUGAAAUCAGUCCUGUGUUUGUCCUGCCGAAUUCAUCUUCCUGUCUGUCUGUUUGACAGUAAGUUCUCAUGCAGGACUCUUCCCCGGGUUUCGUUUCUAAAAUGAAGUUUGUGCGAACAGAUUUUAUUCACUUGGGGUAGUGUGUGACCUCUGUGCUUUGCCCCGUUAACCGGUAAUGGUUGUAUUAAUCAGUGAAUCAGUUAAGCGGAACAUCCGCCUUCGACGGGGGGUGGGGAUAGCGGUUAGCACAGCGGGCUAAUAACGACUUGCCAAAGCAAAAGGUCUCUAUUUCAUUAACUUUGAUGAUCGGCAGAAACGGUUGUCAGUGGCAACAAAGCACAGUUUUCCUCAUUGGUUUCUGGGGGGAGGGUGAGCAGUAAUGGAAAAAUACACACUGCCCACCCAUCUCAAUUAGAACAAAAUAAUCACCGGGGGCUUGCAUAUAACACAGUAAAUGCAAUUUAAGAGGGUUAUUAAUGAUCUUUGUGUGAUUUUUUUUUUUUUUUUUUUUUUCUAGAGAUUUUAUGAGCCCUCUGAAAUGCAGUUCAUGAUUUCAGGCUGUUAUUAUCUACUAGUGUUUGUUAUUGCAACAUGUCUGCUUCUAACAUUGGGUGGGGUGCUUAUUACUGCACCACUGGCUUUUAGUUUUGUUAUACUAAACCCCUAUGAAAAUGACAACUGAUAAAUCAAGUUGUUUGUGUUUCAUAUUGCGCUUUUCCCUUUCCCUGCACAAGCUUUUUACAUCCAGCAUUGUUACUGUGUGUGUUUGUGUGUGUGCUUGUGUAACAAAUCUCAGCUACUCUCCCACAGUCUAGUGAUUGAAAGAAGACAAUUUAUUUACGAUAUUUUGUCCCCUCUCAGGUCCUAAUUCUUUUAUCGUCAGUUGAGCGCUUGCACUUUUUUCCCAUUUCGUUUUUUUUGUUGUUAUUUUGAUCCCGUUAUUAGUAACAUUCCUUUUUCUAGUCCAAUUAAUUUGACAUUACCGAAAUAACUUGUACCUAUAUGAAACUAGUGCUCCAAAUUUCUGUAUUAGAAUUUGUUUACCACAGAAUAACAACCCCCCCCCCCCUCCCCUCCGGUUGACCGGUCUAAACAGCCUCAACAGGUAGAUUAAUCAGACAGCGCCACAUGGUCCUGGUAACAAAUGUGUUUUUUCUGGCUCUAUAAAAAACAAAACAAAAAAAUGUAUUUGUAUUUGUUUUGUUUAAAAUUGUGUAUUUUUUAUUUGGUUUCAAUUCUAAUUUACAACGCUAGCUGUUCUACAGUUGUCCCCAGUUCUAGGGCAUUUUUUUUGGAUGAUGAUGAGGGCUUUGCUGUGCUGAAAUUGACUGUAUUUAAUUCCCCAUAGUGGCUACGUUCACCCUUAUGUGUGUUUGUCCCAGUGCACAUUUUAGUGUUUUCUGCCACCAUUAACCUUUCAAAGGGCUUCAUUAGGCGUUGUGUUGAGUCAGGUGAGUGAAGUGUGUUGAAGGAAACAUUUAAGACGUUACUGAUGUUCAAACGCUUCUGAAGGCAUGAAGGAUAUCAGAAUGAAGCAGUCACAAAGGAGUUGAAGGAAAACUCACCCCCCUGUGCCGGCCCACCCCCACCCUUUAAACUCACAAAACAGGAUCAAUAAAAGCGUCUUGGCUUUUCAUUUCGUCUAGCUUAAAAGGAUUAGCAGAUCUUCAGAUUUGUUCUGCACCGCUCAGAUUCACACAGAACACCAAUUUGGUCAAAACCACAGAAACGCCCAAGGAGCUGAAAAGCUACUAACUAGACGGAACUUCAAAAAGCUGACUGCCCAGCUCAGCAAACCCAUUUUCUCAAAAUUCAGUUCACAAUCUGUAAUUCAAUAUCGUAAAUGAACAGGCUCUCUUUCUAAAGAGUUGUACGUCAGGUUCUUGAAUGCAGAACGUGGUAAUUAUGCCUGCUAAUGUUUUUUUUAUUCCUGUACAGCGAAGGGAGGAUCGCCGGAACUUCGGCUCAUUCAGAGCGUUUUUAUACGCGAAGCGGCUCAGAUCCGAAUCUCUCGUCCACCCGUUCAGGUGUUUAUGAUAAUCUUGAUCCGAAUAUUCUCUGCUCUGCAAUAAGGAUUGAUUGAUUUUAUUUAAAGAUGAAUCCUAGCACAAAAAUAGCUGAAAUGGCCACCAGAGGCAUUAAACAACUAUUUAACAACUAUUUGUUCCCUUGUAUUUGAUUCCUUGAUAAGACACAGUGAUUUUUCUAUAAUGUAUCACAUAAAAUGCUCAUUUCUGUUUUGUAUUUAAAUUCAAACCAAAACUGUCAAAACUCAAGUAGCUGUAGAUCCAUAAUGUGUUAACAACGUGCACCUACGUUGUUAAUUUCAGGGGGGAAACACGCAACCCUUGCACAAAUACUGAAUCCUUUGUGUGUGUGUGUGUGUCUGGGAAACCCCAACUUGAUGAUGUGAACUAAUUCACCAACUCGUCCUUCCUGUUCUAAAAGACUGUACAUGACACUUUGUAGGAGUUUAUUAAAGUAUUCUGUGGGCGAUUUUUAUUUUAUUUUUUUUUUAUUAAAUGUUUUGUAAAUAACUGAGCAAUGUGUUGAGGACUAAAUGAAAAGAAAAGAAAAAAAAGAAGAUGGCCAUGUUUUUAAAUUAUUUAUUUAUUCUUAUUUGUAUCAUUUAAAAUGUGGAAAAGUGUGUAUGUGGAGGGUGCAUUACUUUUAAAAAUGUUACAUUAAAAAUGUCUAUUCACAUCUUAA